UUUUUUUUCAGAAUUUGAGCAUAAUUCUCUGGAAGCUUUUUUUUUUUUUUGGUCUGAUCGCGGACUUCUGUGACAAUGUCGACAGCGUUCGCGCAACCCCGUCCUCGCGUAUCCCCGAAUCCUGCGCAGAUUCAAAGGAUGCUGGAUGAGAACUGUCAGUUGAUCCAAACCAUUCAAGAAUAUCAGGCUCAACAGGAUGUCACGGAAGCUAUGAAAUACCAACAAGUUCUUCAUCGAAAUCUAGUGUAUCUCGCCUCCCUGGCAGAUUCUACGCAAAACAUCCAAGAAGUUCUUCCGCCUCCGCAAGUUCUAAGUCGCCAAAGUGCCGGUGGUAAUCUUAACGCCGGACCUAAUCCGGGAGAUGGACAAGGCACUGGUGCGCCUCCUAUAUCUCACCCUGGAGCCCCUGUCUCUACUCAUCCAUAUGCUAGAACCAUGCCUCAUGGAUCCCCACAACGUACGGAAAAUUUUGAUCCCUGUCCCGUGGGCUCUCCAAUGUUUGCCAGGAGUGGGCAACCUGGAUAUGGUCACAGUCAACAAAUGCCAGGCUAUGGAAGUUCUUAUGGCGGUGGUCCGCCUAUGCCACCCCAGUCUGCUCAACCAGCUGGAUCUCAUUUGCCACCAUCGCAGGGAUAUCCUGGUGGUGGUGGCGGUCCUCAACCACAGCCAGGCUCGACGACCUAUCCAGGACAACCCUAUCCACCGUCUACGACGAUGAGCAAUACGAACGUCCCUGGUGGUUUGCCCCCACAGCAGCAGAUUGCGAACGUUCCGACGUCCCGGCCUCCUAAUGCACCUUACGGUCCGAGCGAUGCCCAACAGCCGUCGGGAUACCCUGGAUAUCCGCAGAGCCAGUUGUCGCACCAUUCACACAUGCAACAACGAUACCAGCAUCAACAGCAGCAGCAGCAGCCACCACCUCCGCAACAGGGUGCUUAUCCCGGAUAUCCGCCUUCAAAUGGACCCGUUCCGAGCGGUCCUCCGCCACCGCAGCAGCAGCAGCAACAACAGCAACCGCAGCCGCCCAUGAGUGAAGGGCACGCAAUCAUGCCACCACCGGCAACUACGCCGACAACUUCUGCGCCUCCGCCGACUCCCCCGCAAGCUGGCCCGAGGCCAUCGCCGAGUCCAUCUCCUUCUCAGCAACAGCAACAAAGACCGUCACCGACUCCUAGCCCUGCUACACAACAGCAGCAGCAACAACCACAUCAGCCACAGGCCCCGCCGCAACAACAACAACAGGGUGGCUAUGGUGGCGGUUCGUCGCAUUAUCCACCUGGUGGUCCUGGCACUCCGCAACAGGGACCACCGGGUCAACAACAGCAGCCGCAGCAGCAGCCGGUGCCAUACGGCUAUCAGACACCAGGGCGACCCCCGUCACGACCUCAGGACGCGAAUCCGAGAACCUCGCCGGCUCCUGUUGGUACUUCUGGACACGGGAGAUACACUCCACCAGUUAGCCAAGGCCUACCACCGCCUCCCCCAACUGGCCCUACGUAUUCCACAUCUGCUCCGAUGCAUCAUCAGCAGUACUCGGUUGCUCCUCCGGGAGGCCCGCCGCCGCCGGGACAGCCGCAAGGAUACGGACCGUACGUGCAUAUGCCGCCACCUGGGCCACAGCAGCAGCAGCAACAACAGCCGCCCCCGUCUGCGCAAGGGUACCCCUACGGUGCACAAACUCCGCCAGGAGCUGGCCAGCCGCCAUCUAAUUACCCCUAUCACCACUCGCCGUACCCCCAGCAAUACCCUGGUGGAUCUCCAUCGUCGGCGCCGCCUGGUGGACAUUACCCUGGGGGUUAUCCGCCGCCACCAGGGCCGCCGAAUCAAGGCCCACCGCCGCCACCGGGUCCCCCGCAAGGGUACGGAUACCCACCGCAGGGCUACCCACCGCAUGCUGGCGGUGGUGGAGGCGGGUAUCCUCCACCGGGGGGCUAUGCUGGUGGACAUCAAUGGGCGCAACAGCAGCAACAACAACAGCCCCAGCAGCAGCCGGGGUAUCCAAGUGGAUAUCCGCCUCAGCAUUAUUAUCCGCCUGCUGGAGUCCCGCCGGCGCCGCCACCAUCGAGUGGGCCGCCGUCUGCGCCUGUUUCGUCACAGUGACACAGGGAUCGCUGGCUUUGAAGCGAGCCAAGGUGUACGACGUGUGAGUGCGAGUGGAUGUAGUGAGAUGAUUCUGUUUUUCUUGGUUUGUGUUUUGUACAAUUUUUUGCAUUUAUUAGAUGAGGGUUGCUCAAAAGCUUGUUUCGCUCGAGUGCUUUAAAAUUUUCCAGUGUGAGUAUUCUCGUGAUUAUUUUCCUGUUUUUUGGUCCGAGCCAUGUUUUUUUAUUGAAUUUUUCCAUUUCAGGAGUGAUCAUAAUUUAAGAAUUUGCGCCGAUGCGAACAUUACAAUGAAUCUUGACGUUCGUUGAAUUGAAUCUGCAUGUUUAUCACCUUUGGAAAUGUGGAUGAUUGUUGGAUCUGAUGAUUUAAACCGAAUAUUAUAAUGAGCCGCUGAGGGGUUCAUAGUUGCUCCCAAAAAGCAGAAUCAAUAAUGUUUAAAUCAGUAAUUCCAUGAUUCUCUUUAGACUGUUUUCUUAAAAUUUGUUUAUUGAUCUGCAUUUUGUGUCUUCUGCUUCGAUAAUCACAAAGCGUGUAGUAUUAGGUACAGGGAGGUUGACUGUGAUUUAACGUAAUCUGACUCCGGUUUGACUUUUUCAUUGAAUUAGUUUCAAUUGCUGAUGGAUUACGCUGCUGUGUUAUAUUUUCAAAGCUGACGAGUGAGCAACUUUGUUCAAACCCUCGUGGGCAAAUAGAAAAUCCAUAGAUUAUGUGUUGCUUCUUGCUUGUAAAGCGAAAUCGGAGAUUUUUUCGGUCGACGUAAGGUCAUUUCUUCCGCAUAAUUCUGUUGAUUGUGUGGACUUGAAUUUUUGUUUUUUUUCAAGGUUUUUGAAUUGCUUUUCGUGAGGUAUUAUUUUUGUUCAGACGAAGUUCACGGUUUCAAUACUGUUAUGACGGUAUUUAGUUAGAGAUGGAUUUUAAUUUUCCGAACUUCCUUUCGAAUUGUCCUCUCCUUUUGUAAAUUGCCUGUGAAUUACAACUGGUUUUUCUGCAUCA